AUGUAUGGAGAGGAUCCUAUAGAGUCUUGGAGGGAGUUGAGAAUUUUAAUGAGGAGGCGAUUUGUACCAAGUUGGUACCAACGUGAAAUGUAUCAGCGACUUGAAUAUCUUUUACAGGGUGCUAGAAGUGUUGCUGACUACAAUCAAGAGAUGGAAGAGCUCAUGAUCAGGCUUAACAUAGAUGAAAAGAUCGAGAGGUCCAUGGCCCGGUUCCUUAGAGGCUUGAAUGUAGAAAUUCGAGAAGAAGUUGAUAGGCAACAUUAUGUGGAGUAUGAUGAGCUAGUACAAAUAGCCAUGAAGGUGGAGCAGUCUUUACAAAGAAAGAAAAACUGGUUCCACAUGAGUUCUUCCUCUUGGAAGAGUAAGGAGGGUUCCAAGGAGAGAUUCCAGUCAAAGAAUGGCAAUGGUAAACCCAAGGACUCUAGAGACCAAAAAGGUAAGGACUUUGCCGAAGGAAACUCUAGGCCACGUAACAUCAAGUGUUUCAAAUGUCAAGGAAGAGGCCAUAUUGCAAAGGUUUGUCCAAACAAGGUAAAUAUGACAAUCAAGAAAGGGAGGAUUGUUACUGAUUCCGAGCAAAGUGAUUCCAAGGAGGAGACCGAAGAGGAAUCUGAUUCACUUGAGGAGGAACUACUUGAAACUGAUAAUGAAGAAGUUUUGGAGGGACCAGUUGAGGGAGAUGCCUUGAUGGUAAGGCGCAUGCUCAACAUCCAAGCCACCGGGGAUGAAAGUCAACGUGAAAACAUCUUUCACUCAAGGUGUUUUGUUCAUGGGAAGGUAUGUAGUUUAAUAAUUGAUGGCGGGAGCUGUACUAAUGUUGCUAGUACAAAAAUGGUGGAGAAGCUAGGCUUGAGCACACAAAUCCAUCCUACACCAUAUGCAUUGCAGUGGUUAAACAAGGCGGGGGAUAUCAAGGUGAAUCAACAAGUUUUGAUUCUGAUCAAGUUGGGACAUUAUGAAGAUGAGAUCCUUUGUGACAUAGUGCCCAUGGACGCUGCUCACAUUCUUCUAGGGAGGUUGUGGCAGUUUGAUAUGAAGGUGUUCCAUGAUGGUUAUUAUAACAAGUACAUGUUCGAGCACCGAGGACCCAACGAGGGUACUACUAAUCCUAGUCAUUUGCCCGAGGCAAUGACUUCUUUAAUGCAGGAAUUCAAAGAUGUUUGUCCGGAGGAACUUCCUGCCGGUUUACCACCGUUGAGGGGGAUUGAACACCAAAUUGACUUGGUGCCGGGAAUGCCAUUACCGAAUAGGCCUGCCUACCGAUGUAACCCGGAGGAGACUAAGGAAAUCCAAAAGCAAGUUAAUGAACUCUUGGCCAAAGGGCAAAUCCGGGAAAGCCUAAGCCCGUGUGUCGUUCCUGUUUUGCUAGUACCCAAAAAAGAUGGGUCAUGGCGAAUCAAGAGUCUUAAUGAGCAUGUUAGACAUCUUAGGGAAGUGUUUUCUUCUUUGAGGAAAUAUAAACUGUAUGCUAAUCUAAAAAAAUGUGAGUUUUGCACUUCGUCGGUACAUUUCCUUGGCUAUAUUGUCAAUGCCAACGGGAUUGAGGCUGAUAGUGCUAAAAUUGAGGCUGUCCAGCAAUGGCCUACACCGAAAACGGUUAGCGAGGUAAGAAGCUUUCACGGAUUAGCGAGCUUUUAUCGCCGUUUUGUGAAAGAUUUUAGCUCAAUUGCUGCACCGCUAACUGAGAUUGUGAUGCUUCCGGAGUAG